GAGAGAGUGUGUGAGUGAGACCGGAGAGAGAGACGGAGAAUGGCGGAACCGCACAAACAGGACAUCGCGCUCAUAUUCCGGCGCCUCCGCUCUGUCCCCACCAACAAGGCGUGUUUUGACUGCGGAGCCAAGAACCCCAGUUGGGCGAGUAUCACGUAUGGGGUGUUCCUGUGCAUCGACUGUUCGGGGUUCCAUCGAUCUCUCGGGGUUCACUUGAGCUUCAUUAGGUCGACUGAACUGGAUUCCAACUGGUCCUGGUUCCAGCUGCGGUGCAUGCAGGUCGGAGGGAAUUCCAAUGCGACCAUCUUCUUCCGGCAACACGGCUGCUCCAGCAACGAUACAAAUGGCAAGUACAACAGUCGGGCCUCUCAGCUCUACAGGGAGAAGAUCAAGUCACUGGCCACCCAGGCAACCAGGAAGUACAGCACAGAGCUCUGGAUCGACGCUUGUGGGGCCCCUCCACUGUCACCCCAACAUCAAGAGGAGGACUUUUUUUCUUCCCAUUCAGAGGUUAAUACCACGGCCCAGGCACCUCCCCCUUUAACCGUCAGCUCUGCAGGUUCCGCCAGUAACAAUGAAGACGAGCCAGAGGUCGGGCCCAGCAUGGACUAUCUCAGCAUCUCUCCCAAAGCCUCGUUAGCCGGUUCAGAGAAAGUGAUAUCCACUGGGAACCCUCCUGCCAGAGAAGUCGUCUCUGUUAUAAAGAAGAAACCAGGUGCCGCCAAGAAAGGGCUCGGAGCCAAGAGAGGGGUCCUGGGGGCCCAGCGAGUGAGCGGCAAGAGCUUCAGUGACCUGGAGAGACACGCGCAGGCGGCGGAUAAACAGAAGGAGCAGGAGGCGGAGUUCACAUCCAAACAGGAGGAGGAGCCUGUGGUCACAUCCCUACGUCUCUCCUACAAACAACUGAACCUCCACAAGGACCACGACAAGAUGAACAAUUUGCCCCCCAAGAAAGCGGCCGAGGCAGAACGUCUGGGAAUGGGCUUUGGCUCCCGCAGUGGUAUCUCCCACUCGGUGCUCUCAGAAAUGAAGACAAUCGAGCAGGAGGCGCCAAAGAACGUGAAGGCAAAGAAACCGUAUCAGGAGGAGGAGCCUGAGGAUUUCUAUUUCAGUGCCCCCCGAUCACGGUACCAGGAGGAUCCCCCCGAACCCCUCACCUCUUCCUUCACUUGGGACGAGCGAUCUGACGAUUAUUGGAAAAAGGACAAAACUGACCCAGACGUCUCAAUUCAUUCUAAGACCUCAAGUUACAACGACAGAUCUGCAACUCGGCGUAAACAUGAAGUAGAACCCGUGUCGGAUACAGACGAUGCCCAGAAAAAGUUUGGGAAUGCCAAGGCCAUUUCAUCCGACAUGUUUUUUGGAAAGCAGGACAGCGCUGAUAAUGAGACCAGGAGUCGCCUGGAGAGACUCUCAGCAAAUUCCUCCAUUAGUUCAGCCGACCUGUUUGAUGAGCACAAGAAAGAGCCCACAGGAAACUACAACCUGACCCAGGUGCUCCCCUCAGCCCCAGAUAUGGGCAACUUCAAGCAGGGAGUCAAGUCAGUUGCCGGGAGACUCUCCGUCCUUGCCAACGGGGUCAUGAGCAGCAUUCAGGACAAAUACGGAUCAUAAGAGGAGGAGCCACAGAGGCAGAAGCUUCCUGAACCCCAACAUUACUCUGAUCUCCCCCUUCCGCUCUCUGUUUAUUCCUUUAUUUGUUCCCCACAAUUCAUUUGCUGUGAAUACAUUGUUCCUGUUUAACGUUUGCAGCACCAAAGAAACGUCCCCCAAAUCCCCCCCCUUCCUUUAUCCCCCAAUAUUCCUGACUGUCCGGCCUCCCCAAAGCUUCACGACUCAGGGACAGACGGACAGAUAAUUCCUCUUAUUUUGCACCUUAUUGGGGGGGGCACAGUCGGGAGCUGUAUCUUUAAAUCUCUGCACAUUCCAUGAGUCGUGUCACUAGUGACCCCCAAUAUUCCUUUAUAUUGAGCCCCAAUGAUCUGUGAGUCACCCCCCCCCCCAUCAUUAGGCCUUAAUUGUGUUGCUGGACAAUCAGACGUCUCUGCGCCUCAUUCUGUAGCCCACGUGCCCCCCCAGAAGUCAGCAAAGGCUGUUGGGAGUUGAAGUUCUUUUACUUUAUGAAGAGGGGGGGGGGUCCUCCCAAUAUUUAUAGGAAAUAAACUCUAUAUAUAUAUAUCUAUAAAUACACAGGCCCGGACUAAAGUGGGAUCUGUUAUCCAGAAGGGGGUCUGUGAGGCAGGUUUCCAUAUAACAGAUCCCACACACACAUUUAGAUUUAUAUAGAGGCGAUUGUUAAAGUGAAAUAUAAAUGGACUUGAAUGGAAAUCUAUUCGCUCGUUUAGUUUGGGGAAGAAGGAAUCGGGUUGCUAUGGUUACAAGGAAGACUCGCUGUGUUUUAGACAGCAUUAUGGGAAUUUUGUUUGACUUAUAUGUACAUUGGGGUUGUUCCUCUGACAAUACUUUGUAUUCUGAAAUAAAGAUUAGAUUGCAA